AUGCCGCCGUGCUACCGUACGCCCAAUUAUCGUUGCUCGGCUAAUCCGAGGAUACCGUGGAAGUUUGCGGUGGUGGCUGAGGAACGGAACGAAAUCGCGGCCUCGGCGUUUCAUCACAAUCGAAGGCAUUUGGUGACCACGGCCAAGCCAAUCAGCAAAGAAAGAGCAACGAACAACAGCUACCGUAUCCCUAGAGCCGAGGCGGCGGUGUCGAGGGAGGCAGCAACAGCCGUAGCAUCGGCGGCAAGAGGAUGCGGUCGGCCUCCGUUGGUGCCCGCCUCGACAAUGACGGAUGAGCGGACGGACGCCAGUCAGUCGGUCGGACGGGCGAACGGAAAAUAUGGCCACAGCUGUUGGCGGCUUUUCGUUUUUGAGGUAAACAGUCGGCCGUUUACCGACCGACGGCAGCUCAUCGGCGGAUUAGCGUGUGUUCGGCCACAAAUCACACGGCUAGCCUCCGGCCUCCGGUCGCGACUCUCGUUUCCCUCACUCCUCACUCACUCAGAGUACGACGCCGGUCGCGACUGGGCGGUAAAAAACCACUCCUCACCCGGUCGCUUGUUCGGUUAUCUAGAUCUGCCGAGGGAGCGACUUUUGCUGCUGCUGUUCCAUGACUUUCCGCGUCGACAACCACAACGCGUCCGGUCGGUGUCAGAUAUCGUGAGAAAAACGUCCAAGAACGACGGAUGCACUGACGACUGCCAAUCGUCCCCCUCUCCUCGGAGGAAGAACUAA